GUUUGUUGUCGUUGUUUUGUGUUUUAUUUAAGAAAAGUUAUAGAUUUAUUUUUAAUUUGAUAAAUACUUAUCAACGUCUGCAUAUGACAGUUUAACUUAUAAUCACUAUGGAAAAUAUCGGCGAGAUUUCGGAUUCAGAUCCAUCCUCGCCUGCGCAGAAAUUGGCUGAUGGUACUUCAGAUGUUAAUGAAAAAGAUUUAGCUGACAAAGACUUUAUUCGAACAACAUUGAUUACAUGGAAUUUGCAAGAGUAUUUUGAUGUGUUCAUGAAUGAAAAAGUCACUAAAGAUGUUUUAUUGCAAAUGCCUGAUGACGAUGUGCAGAAAUUCAUCCCAGUCUAUGGAGAUCGUUACAGAUUUUUGAUUCAGAGGAAACAACUCUUAGAUUCAUCGAAAUUGCAAGAACCUGAAGGUCAAGUUGAUCUAAAAGGCAAUCAACUCAAAAAAUUAUUGAACUCGUCAGUGCGUGGCAAAUGUAUUCUAGCCGAGAAGGACUUAUCCCAAUAUUCUGAUGAAUUAUCAACUAUUAUUGCUGAUCACAUAAUAAAUACGAAUGGACGUUUAAGAGGCAUGAAAAGUCAGUACCUUUUUUGGCGCGACGAAAUAACAGCUUUGUGGCCUUCUGAAUUACUUACAGACUGGUUUCAACCUGGAGUUAAACGUAAAGCUUCUUCUGGCAAAUUAUACAAUAGAGUUAAUAACUUUGCAAGUAAAUUCAACUCAGUUUAUAAGAAAUUGAAAACUGAUAAAGAAUCUCAACGUAAUAAUGCAGUGCAAAAUACAGCUGCUCAAUACAUAUUACAACUAGCGAACACGUCUCUUGAUGAUACAGAGAAGAUUAUAAAUUUAUGGACUAAAACCCAUGAACACCGCAAGGAAAACAUAACAACUGUCACCGAUUAUUUUGAGCGGUACAUACAGCUCAAAACACCAUUAGUCAAAACCUUGUUGGAGUUAGAUUUUGAUUUAAUGAAAGUAGCCGAUGGUAAUGCUCUAAUAAAUAGGUGGCCUAAGUUAAGCCAACAGAUUAUUCAAGUUGCGAAUAACAAAGGUAUUGAUAUUAAAUCAUUCACUACUGCUGAAGAUGUACCAAGUGAUGUUCUUGCAUGGAAAUUAUUACCUAUGUUAUUCCGACCAAUAGCAGUCGCAGUAGGAGUGAAAAAGGCAUGGACUCCUUCGAAACAAGAACAAUCCGACGGGUUCAUAACUUGGGUUUCAACAUUCGACCAACUAGAUUCAGUUGUAAAACCACAGAACAACAUUUGUACGAAAUAUAAAAUUACUCGUCAACCGUUUAUAGUAGCCGUAGGAUCUCCAAAAACAAUAACGGCUUACGUUAUAAUUGAGAGUUCUAACAUCAAGUGUGGCAGCGUUACUAAUGCCGUAGAUUUCUGCUUCAAAGCGUCAUUUGCGCUUGGUACCAAGUAUCAAACUGCAAGCACACAAAUUUGGACUUUUCUGGAGCAAGAAGUAUACUCACAACAGAUGACCAAUGAUUCACAACAAAAUUACCUAAGUAUAAGUAAAUUGCGUAAAGCUUUAAAAAAGGUAGGAUCAAAUGAAUCUAAAACUACUGAGACUGAAAUUCCACCGCAAUCUCCUCCGACUACCACUCCUGCCGUUUCUCUUGAUAAUGAGAUUGAAAAGUAAAUGUCUAUAUCAAAAUUUGAAA